AUGAUGGGAGUAACCGUCCCUCCUCCGGUGCCACCGGUGCCACCGGUGCGUCGAUCCGGGAAUGCAGCUCCUUCCGCUGUAGCACCCACCUCGAAGGGGAAGGGGAAGGGGAAAGGGAAAUCUUCCCAGCCCCAACCUCCUCCCACGUCCUCAUUCAUCCCCCCUGCCGUCACAGUGGAGGCCGAACCAUCGGCGGCAACGCUGAUGGCUGAAGCCAACACUCCGCGGCGGGGUAAACCUACUCCGACCCCACGUAGCUUCGCUAUAACAAGACCGACCCCAAAACAAGACCGCGCUCCGGCCCGUGCCAGUGCCCCAACCCCACAAGCUCCAAAUAAAAAAACCCUUAAAAACAGGAAAAAAAAGAGCAAAAGGAAAUUGAUGAAGAAAGCACGAAGGGAGGCCUUAGAGAACGCUGCUCCCUCAUCGGUUCCCGCAAUACCUGCCAUAGACAUGGAGGUUGACAUCAACCCCACUACCGACCACAUAAUCGAUGAUCAACAACCUGGACCAUCUUCAUUGCCCCAGGCCCAACCGGCCACUUCAGGCAUACAGCCCCCAUUACCACCCCGCCCGCAGAGAGAGCGGCGCAGCGGCCGACAGGACACGCAGCCUGCCGGCUUCGCUGCCUGGCUUCUCUCCCUGUGGGAGAAACUGUCCGAGCUUAUUGAGAAGCUCCUCAGUGGCUUCCAAGUAGCAAGCAUCAGCAUCAGCAUCCAAGUAGCAAGCAUCAGCGUAGUCCAAAAUGGGUAA